UGUUUACUUUGCACCCUUAACUCGAGGACGACACAUACCGGCAAAUAACAAACAAAUUUACUUUUUAUUCUAUUUUAUUUCUAAUAAUUUAUUAUAUUUUGUUUAAUUAAAAUUCAAAUAAUGCAUUCCAAAAUUAUUGUUUAAAUUUAUUCAAUUGUGAAUUCUAUGCAAUUCCUCAUAAAAAACAACAAAACAAAUCCAAGGAAACUCCUUUCAAAAUGAUGAGCAAUAUCGGAUUACUUGUUAUUGCCUUUACACAUUUGAUCACAAUCAAUGCGGAAGAAGCAAAAUUUAUAGAACCAAUCACUGAAAACUUCUCCUCCGAUGAUAGCUAUCCCGAAUCAAGCAUCCUCGAAUACAGCAUUGAAAGUGCUACGAAACUUACGAACGACCAACAUCACCAAGACCGAAUUGGUAAGACACUUUACAAGACCGACAGUCGCAACGACAUUGAAAAAUCCAACAAAAUCGAUCUGAGUGAUGUCCAAGGAACAAAAUCACAAUACCACCAUCAACCGAUUGCAAAAUUCCGAGAUAGUAUUUUCUCGAAACAAGCUACCCACUUUAUAGUAGCUUCGAAACUGGUACGUCCUGGAAUCAUCUACAAGGUUUCAGUUAGUAUUUUGGAAGCAAAGCAUCCGAUAACAGUUCAUGCCAGCAUUUCCCAUAAUGGUGUAGAGAUUUCUGGUGAUACCAAGGAAGUCAAAAAAGGAAUUCCCGAAAAUCUGUUAAUGAGGAUUCCCACAAGUAGUACAGAUGGCGACUACAAAUUGAGGGUCAAGGGCUUCUAUGCGAAUAUUCAUCCAUCAGAGAAUUUGGCAUUUCUCAAUGAAACUAAUUUGAGUUUCUCACAGAGAUCUUUGACGAUAUUUGUAGAAAUGGAUAAGCCAUUCUAUAGGCAGGGUGAUUCAGUACGAUUUCGAACGAUUCCCAUUAGCACUGAACUAAAGGGAUAUGACAAAGCAAUUGAUGUGUUUAUGUUAGAUCCGCAGAAGCGUGUUCUUCGAAGAUGGUUAUCAAGGCUAUCUUACCUUGGAAGUGUGAGUUUGGAAUACAAAUUAUCCGAUCAACCGGUAUUUGGAGAAUGGACAGUUCGCGUUGUAGCUCAGGGACAAGUAGAAGAGUCCCCAUUCUUUGUAGAGGAAUACUAUCAAACACGAUUUGAAGUCAAUGUUACAAUGCCAGAGAGUUUUCUUAUUUCCAAACAAUUUAUAGCUGGAAAAGUGAUGGCAAAUUUCACAAGUGGUGCUCCAGUGAAGGGAAAUUUAACCCUUCGAGCAAUAUUAGCUCCAAUUGGAUCAAUUGAUUACCGAGCUCUAAAUGAACAGUAUCGUGUUGGUAGAACUUCAAAAAGUAUUCUUAAUGCGUCAUUGGAAGAUGUUAAGGAACAUACAUUCACAUUCGAUGAAAAAUGGCCAUUUUGGUUGAGUAAACCUGAUUCGGGUGAAAAUCUUUUGCCAUAUCUAAGAUAUUUCAAUGGAACUUAUGAUUUUCAGUUGCCUUUAACUCAAUUACAAGAAAUGACGAAAAAUCUAGAUGGAAUGGAACUUCUUAUUAUAGCAACAGUUGGAGAGAGAUUUUAUAAUGAAAUAAUAUCUGGUUACUCUUUGACUAGACUUUAUAGUCCAACUUUGAAGGCGGCUUUUUUGGGUGGACAAGUUCAAGUUUUUAAACCUUGUAUAGCAUUUACUGCACAUAUUGUUGUCGAGAAUCAAGAUGAAUCGCCAUUAGGGAAAGAAUUUCUGGAUAAUACCGAAAUGAUUGUCACUGGAAGUAUUCAGAGUAAAAGUGGUGCUCAGGAAUAUCCAUUGCAAAAGUUGCAAAUGUCUAAAACUGUCGGUAUAUGGGAUUUAAAAAUUGAUCUUCUUACUGAUAUGGAUUUGGAGAAAGAAUUUUUAUCAGGUGUUCUAACAAUGAAAUUGGAAGCUAGUUAUCGUGAUGUUAAAGCGGAAUUACUUCUCAUUACACAUCAUUCGCCAAGGAAUCAAUUUAUUGGUGUGACAACGAGUACUGAGGAUCCAGAAGUUGGAGAAUACAUUAUAUUUCAUAUUCGAACGAAUUUCUUUGUUAGAUCUUUUAAUUAUUUGAUUGUGUCGAAAGGAGUUGUGAUAUUGAGCGAUGAGGAAACAAUGGAAGAGGGAAGUCAUACGAUGGCGGUAACGCUGUGUGCAGAGAUGGCACCAGUUGCAACAAUUAUCGUGUGGAAGGUUACCCAACAAGGCCAAGUUGUUGCUGAUUCCUUAAGUUUCCCAGUUAAUGGCCUGUCCAGAAAUAACUUUAACUUACACAUCAACAAUCGAAAAUCUCGUACCGGUGAACGUGUCGAAGUUGCUGUUUAUGGAGAACCAGGUUCAUUUGUUGGUCUCUCUGCCAUAGACAAUACACUAAAAGGUGAUUUGAAUAAAAUGCAAAUUCUGGAAAAAAUGACAACAUUUGAUGGCCGAGGUAGUGGAAUCCAUAGUCACACCUUCUUCGGACUCCAAGAUAAAUUGGUUUCAUACUCAGCGACAUCGUUUGGCAUAGAUCCCAAUAGAACUUUUGAAUUGUGUGAUUUGCUAAUAUUUACUGAUGCUGAAGUCCCUAGAAAAUGGGAACCGGCAUGGUCAUUUUAUGAUAGCGAUGUGAAAGACCAAGAGCAAAAUAAAUCAGAGCUGAUGUCAUAUCGUAAAUAUCGUUUUAAUCGAGUACAAAGACAUUAUGAUAAUGUUUGGUUGUGGAAAGAUGUCAACAUUGGGCCUCAUGGUCGAUUCAUAUUCACUGUUAGUGUUCCAGAUGGACCAGCAUACUGGAUGGUAACGGCAUUUAGUGUUAGUCCUUCAAGAGGAUUUGGAAUAGUCGAUAAGCCAGUUCAGUAUAUUGGUGAACAACCAUUCUAUAUUAAUGUCGAAAUGCCAUUGGAGUCUAGACAGGGAGAACAAGUGGGUAUUCGAGUGACUGUCUUCAACUACAGAUGCAGUGCAAUAGAAGCUACUGUGGUUCUACAUGCCUCUCAUGAAUAUAAAUUCGUUCAUGUGGAGGAAGAUGGCGUUGUGGCAGCCUAUAACCCAAGGACUUCAUUCGGUGAACAACAAUUCUUUGUGUAUCUUGAGGCUCAGAGCUCAAGCAUUGUCUAUGUUCCAAUUGUGCCGACGAGAUUAGGAGAAAUCGACGUAACAAUUCAUGCUGCAACUCUUCUCGGAACAGAUCAAGUUACACGACGUCUAAAAGUCGAACCAGAUGGUCUGCCUCAAUAUCGACAUCAGUCGAUUCUACUCGAUCUUAGCAAUCGGGCUUAUCUAUUCCAGUACAUGCACUUGAACAUCACAGAAACACCCAUAAUCCCUUAUCAAGUGGACCGGUAUUUUGUCUAUGGAUCUAAUUCAGCUAAGAUCUCGGUUGUUGGUGAUGUUGUUGGACCGAUAUUUCCAACAAUGCCAGUUAAUGCCACAUCUCUGCUGAAUCUACCCAUGGAAUGUGCCGAGCAAAAUGCAUUUAGCUUCGCAGUAAAUCUAUAUACCGUCAUGUAUAUGAGAUUGAUUAAUCAGCGAAACAAAACAAUCGAGAAAAAUGCCUUCCAUCAUCUCAAUAUUGCAUAUCAGAGACAACUCAGUUUCAUGCGUGAUGACGGUUCUUUUUCACUCUUCCGUUCUGAUUGGAAUAAUUCGGAAUCAUCAGUUUGGUUGACUGCCUAUUGUGUGAGAACUUUCCAGGAGGCAGCAUUUUACGAAUGGGAAAAUUACAUCUACAUCGAUCCGACUGUAAUUGAGAAUGGAAUUGUAUGGCUUUUGCAGCAUCAAGGACCUGAAGGUGGAUUUUUUGAGGUCACAUGGUUGCCAGAUCGGAAAAUGAAUCAUUCGAAUAUUGCAAAUCGCAAUAUAUCUUUAACUGCUCAUGUUUUGAUUACACUGGCUACUGUUAAGGAUCUUUCAGGAAGUUUAGGAGCAAGAGUAGUCCUUGCUCAGCAAAGAGCACUCUAUUGGAUCGAGAGGAAUAUGCAACUUCUAGAAAAGACUCCAGAGGCAUAUGAUGUGGCAAUAACAGCGUAUGCUCUACAAUUGUGCAAAGCACCAAUAGCAGAACAUGCAUUUGCAAUAUUGCGAAAACACGCCAAGACUAUUGGCGAGUAUAUUUAUUGGGGAAGGGAUAAUUUAUCAUCGCCGCCAAGUAAAAUAGAAAAUCAGAAAUAUUUCUCACUGCCCCGACUGCCGUAUGAAUUUGAUUCGAUGAAUAUCGAAACUACGGCGUAUGCAUUGUUGGUUUAUGUCCAGAGGAGAGAAUUUAUGGUGGAUCCAAUUGUGAAAUGGUUAAAUGCACAAAGGUUGACGGAUGGUGGUUGGGCUUCUACACAGGACACUGGAGCUGCUUUGAAAGCCCUUAUCGAAUAUACAGUUUACACUCGUAUUCGAGAUGUUUCAGCUUUGUCCAUAUCAUUGGAGGCGACUUCACUACAAGAUCAAACAAAGUCAUUAUUCAUAGAUGAUAGUAAUUUGGCUCAAUUGCAAAGUGUUGAUAUUCCAAAUGCAUGGGGAACAGUUAAAGUUCAAGCCAAAGGAACCGGAUAUGCAAUUUUACAACUGCACGUUCAAUAUAAUGUUGACAAUCCAAAAUUCCAAACAAAACCACCAGUGCCAGCUUUUAGUUUGCAAACAAAUGCUCUGUUCCAGGGAAGAAAUCAUUCACACAUUUCUUAUGAAUGUUGUCAGAGUUGGACCCACCUUAACGAAUCUGAAAGAUCUGGAAUGGCAAUUCUCGAUGUAACAAUUCCAACAGGAUAUUAUAUUCAACAACAAAAACUCGAUUCAUAUGUCCUUGGUAAAAGUGUUCGAAAUUUACGUCGUGCUAAAUUUAUGGAGAAAAAAAUCGUUUUCUACUUUGAUUAUCUUGAUAAUACGGAUAUUUGCCUUAAUUUCACCGUUGAACGGUGGUUCCCAGUUGCCAAUAUGUCAAGAUAUCUACCAAUUCGAGUUUAUGAUUACUAUGCACCAGAACGAUUUAACGAAACUAUAUUUGAUGCACUGCCAACAUAUCUCCUAAACAUCUGUGAAGUGUGUGGAAGUUCUCAGUGUCCUUAUUGCAUAAUUUACAGCAAGUCAUCAAAAUCAACAAUCUCUCUAGCAAUGAUGACGAUAAGUAUCUCAUUAGUUUAUUUUGUAGCUCAAAGUUACAAAAUCAAUUUAAAUUAUUUAUUUUUCAUUUAGUCAUAUAAUAUUGUUACCAAAGAUUUAAGUAUGUAUAUUUUUAUGUUGUAUGCUCGUAAACCGUUCGGUCUUGUCUGCAUUUACUCAGUCUGUUAAUGAAGAAAAAAAACUUUAAUCCUUUGUUUUUGUUAAACUGAAUGCUCAAUGCUCCGUUCAAUACAAAAAAAAAAAAUACAAACAAAUUUAAGAAUACUCAAAGUAUAAACUAGUCAAAUGCUAAAGCAAACAAAAAAAAAAUCACAAAUUUUCUUAACAAUUUACCAAGUACUUAAAAUUUAAACGAACUGAUUUUUAUUUUUAAAUUUAUUUUUAUCGUAUUUAUUAUUAACUUUUAUUUGUAAAAGAAAAUGAAAUCAUAUCAAAAUUAUUAACUAAUCAUCAUAUUUAUAUCAUUAAAAAUUAUUAUCAUUAGAAAGUCAUAAUAUUUUCGAAAACAAAGCAUUUUUUGUAUACAAAUAAAUCCAAAGAAUAUUUAUAAAAUAAAUUAAAUAUAAAAAUGAAAAAUGUAUAACAAAAAACAGUUUAUAAAAUUAAAUUUCUUGCCUUAGAAUUAAAACAAAAAAGUCUGUAUCUUUAAGAAAAAGAUUUUUAUACUUAUUCAAUUUUAAUGAAAUAAAAGUGCAUAGAGAAUACGGAUACUAUAUAUAUAUAUAACAAAAAAAAAUUGUUGCCUUAAAUGUAUGUAUGUACAAUAAAGGUAUAAUUGGUUUUGAAAAAAUAUACGAAAUGAAUUUUUUAAAUCUUUUUCUACUUGUUGUUACCAUCCUUCUUAGUCUAUGCACUUUUUUAAAAGAACAAUUUGUAAUAAUUGAAGUACCUUUAGAACCGAAAAAAAUCAAUUCAUAAAAUAUAAUCCGUCCUUUU